AUGGAUCCACUACAUUUUUACGGCAAAACACACGAUGAUGAAUAUCAAAGUCGAGCUUCUAGAGAUCCUUUAUUCAUACCGGAAAGUGAAGAUGAAGAAGAAGACGAAGAGGACGAGGAAUUAAGUGAACCAGAAGCAGGGGACAUUGAGAUUCUUUCUAAUUUUAUUGAAGAAGAAGUGGAAGUGUUGAGCGAACCUUCUACAGAACAAGGCCCUUCUACAUCAACUAAGGGAAGAAAAGUAAAGUUGGUUUGGUCUGAUGAAGGUAUUCGGUACGAUGAGUCCAAUAUUGCUUUUUUAGGAUCUGAAGCACUUCCAGAUGAAAUAAUGCAGUUAAAAAAGAAUUUAAAAAACUGA